AUAUCUGUUAGAUAAGUAAGUACUCAUGAAUUUGAAUGCUAUGCAGGUAUAAAUGGCUGUCGAUCAUUUAUCUGAAAUGAUUGAGAACCUUCCACCUAUUUGAGGACCAGGACAUAUUGUCCAAAUAGAUGAAAGUCUAUUUGGACACAGGAAAUACAAUAGGGGCAGAGUUUUGGAGGGUCAUUGAGUGUUGGAGAUGAUAGACUCCAGUACUGACGAUGUAAGGAUGGUCGUGGUGGAUCAGAGGGACACCGGAACUCUCCAAAAUGAAAUUAAAAAAUAUGUCUCUCCAGGUACCGAGAUCCACACAGAUUUUUGGAGAGCACGUUACCAAAUUAUAAUUACACACAUAAAAGGGUAAACCACAGCGACCCAGAACAAAGCUGAAGAUAUGGUAUACAUACACAAAAAAUUGAGGCCACCUGGAGACCAGCAAAAGACUAUUUUAGGGGAAGGAGCAGGUUUUGUGAUGAUCACUUCGCCGAUCGUCUUUGCGAGUAUUUAUGGCGAAGGCAUUGCCGUAAAAUGAACAAAGACCUGUUCCAAUCUAUGUUGGAAGCCAUUUUAGGCUGCUUACCCUAUAAACAGUCUAAAGCCUAGUUCUCAGAGCUUCGUAGUGUCGCCAGCGACAGCAGUCCAGCCAAUCAGAGCAUGUAAACAAAACUUCCCCUGACCCCUUCCUUUUCAUUUCUGGUUGUCGAGAAAUGUUGAAAUAUUCCAACUACACCUCGAAUUUCUGCGACAAUCACAUGUAAAUAUAACCUAUCUGUCAGCCCCAAAAACACGUUGUUUUCACCUUUUGAUUUUAGAUAUUUAGUUUAAGUUUUUUAAUUAUCCACGGUCCAUUUUCCAUCUAUAGUUAAAUAUAAUACAUUUAUGUGAAUCAAUUAAACAACAAUAAUAAUAAUUAUCGAUAUAUUUUUUCAUUUCAUAUAUAGUUGUUUAUUUCAGAAUGGAGUUUGUUCGAACAGUUACGGCAGUAUAUUUAUGGCGAAAGGCAAGAAAAGAGAAGGAACAGAAUAAAAUAAAGAGAAGAAGGAGAUUUUGGGUUCGUCCAAUUUUUGAGAGGAGAAGAGAACUAGGUGCAGGACAAACUCUAGUAGAGGAGAUGAAAUUGAAUCCUGACAAUAACAUAUACAACUUCUUUAGAAUGAAUGCAAGUUUAUUCCAUAAUUUAUUGGAAUUAGUUGGACCUCAGUUGCAGAGAUCAGAUUUGUGUAGGGCCCCAAUUAACCCGCAGACACGCCUAGCAAUUACAUUGAGAUGUAUCAGGGGAUAGCAUGGCAAGCCUAUCUUUUUCCUUCAGAGUAGGAAAGUCCACAGUUAGCGAAAUAAUUUCGUCUACCUUGGAAGUAAUAUGGAGUGUUCUUCAACCAGAGGUCCUAAAACAAUCGGAGGAAGAAGAUUUCAAAAACGUAGCUCAUGGUUUCAAGAGAGUUUGGAACUACCCAAAUUGUAUAGGUGCUAUUGAUGGAAAGCAUGUUAUGAUACAGGUAAAUAUGUGGCAUGUGGCAU